GUAGUGUGUAUACAAAUGCGCCAGUGUUUUGUUUACUUGUAAAGACGUGUUUGUAUUGCCGCUGUAUUUGUUUCGUGUACAGUUGCUAAGAUAGUUUUUCAUGAACUGUAACAGGAAUGAAUACAAACAUGAAACGAAAUAUUCAACCUGAAAAUUUAGCAGAUAGUCCAGAAUCUGGAAAAAGAAUACGAACAAGUAGCAAAAUGGAAGCUGGUGAUGCAGAUGAAGGAACGGCAAUAGUGGAAAACUCAAAAUGGCAGCUUUCAAAAGUUGACGUGAAAGAAAGGUUGGAAUAUUUGAGAACUUCAGCCAGUUUCAGUGACUGCGUGCUGCUUGUAGGAAGUGGUGAUGCCGUAGAGACAAUACGGACGCAUAAAAUGGUUCUUUGCAUGUCAAGUGUGAAAUUUGAGGAAAUUUUAUUGACUCGUUCAGCAGAAGAUGCCAUUACCAUAACUGAUGUGGAACCUCGUAUAUUUCAUUUGAUGCUUGACUACAUGUAUUUGGAUAAACCAAUCAUCAAAUCAUCAGAAGAUGCUUGUUUGCUGUACAAAGCUGCAGUAACAUAUCAGAUGCCUCAUCUAUGUGAAAUAAGUGCCAAAGUUUUAUCAAAAAGUUUAAAUCUUGAAAAUAUCUGGUCAAUAUUAAAGUUGGUAUCAGACACCCAAGAAACAUCACUUAAGGAAGAAUGUGAAAAGUUCAUCAGAAAACAUCCAUUAGCAAUUCUUCGGCAUGACAAUUUUAUCAAAGUUGAUGCCAAUAUUGUGCUUUUGAUGGUUGACCUGGACUGCUUUGAUGUUCCAGAAAUAGAUAUUUACACUGCAGUAGAUAAGUGGGCUGAACAUCAGUGUGAAAAAGUGAACAUAGCGGCUGAUAGGAACAACAAACGAGAAGUUAUUGGGUCAGAUAUACUGAGGAAACUGCGUUUUUUGGCACUAAAUAAAGAGCAGUUUGUGGAAAAAGUGGCGUACACUACGGAGAAUUCUACUACUUGUUUAUUAUCUAUUGAGGAAAGUUAUGCUGUGCUGAUGAAUAUGACAGUACCUGGAUGUUAUCCAAUGCCUACAGGUUUCACAGUUGAUAAUAAACCAAGGAAGUUGUCAAAAUUGCGCUGUAUACGUAAAGUUCAGCCGAUAUCUGCCCAGCCACCUUAUGCUUCAUACAAUACUCCCCCGUAUACGUCACCUACAACAUUUCCCCAUAUGGCUGUUGUUGCCAUGCCUACAGCUUCACCAAGUGGAAAUCUUGGUGGAAAAAAUUUUUCUUUGGAGAUAAGAGUUGAUUUUCCCAUAAUGCUGUUUGGAAUCCAAGUUCCAACACUGUUGUUUCCAUCUCAACAGGGACCUCUAGGACCCAGAGAUUAUGAUGAAUCUUUUAUUGUUACUGUUCUAGACUCUUCGGGAAGCCCAAUCAGUCAUACUGUUUAUUCUGGGAAAGUUCCUUAUGGGUCUGCAUUUGACAUUAGCCUUAAAGAUCCUGUUCUUCUGCAGAAAAAUACAGGUUAUAAAAUUCAAAUAUACACAAGUAACACAUACUUUUUGUGUAGGAAGCUUUCUAACAUUGAGCACUGCCCACCAGUGAAAUUCACUUUCAAAGAUUCUACAAAAGUUGCUCCUCCAAAUACAAAUCCAAUGUUUGUGACAAGCAACAUGAAACAGGAUUCUGAUUUUGGUUUUGUCACUCAGAUUAUAUAUUCUUUAUGGGGUUAGUUUGGUUAUACUGUUGAAAGUUAAGCAGUAUGAAUCCUCAUUUUUCAUUUUUUCACAGCAUUAAUCCCUUUUCUGCUCAGGUGCUUUUCCACCUUUUACAUUUGCAAUCAUCUGGAAUUUUCCAUGAAGUCAAUUGUUGUAUGCAGGUUUUUUAGUAGCACUGUGAAUGAAUGUUAAAUACAUCGUAUCAUAUGUAUUUUCUUCGUGUGUGAACUGAACACAGGCUGAGUAAGUACUACGUUUUAUUUGACUGAUCUUUUAUGUAACUGUCAAAACAGUACACUGUGACAUUUAGAGUGAGGAAAGGUGUGUGUAAACAUAUAUUCCUACACAGACCAGUAGAUAUAAGAUAAAAUGAAUAUGUACAUAUAUUUUCAUGACAACUUGCUGUAAUGGCGAUAGUUUUUUCCUUCUAUUUCCAUUGUUUUUUUUUUCAGUACAUAGAACUCCUUUCAAGAAUAGCUUCA